CUUGAAUGACUUGAAUAAAUACAAUAAAUAUAUUUAACUAUUAAUAACAUUUUUCAUAACGCGCUGUGUAAAAGUUUUUCGUUUUUAACGUUAAAUAAUAUCUAUAAAAUUUGAAAAGUAAAUUUAAUUGUAUGUCAAAUCUUGCAACAUAGGAGAGGUCUGUGAAACGUCAUAAAUUCUGACACUCGAUUUUUAUCAUCACAAAUAUUUGUAAAUAGACUUUGGUGUAGCUGCUUGUAUCACCUGAUUUCAAAAUUACCAAAUUCAAAUGAGAAUUAUAUAGUAUUGUGAUAGUUCAACAAUCAUAUUUCGUUUAAAAGUAAAGGUCAAAUGCAAAGUAUCCUUUAUUAAUUAAAAGUUAUUUUGGCCACGUCAUAUUAAUGGAUUUUUAGUAAAAAUAGAACAUUCCAGUGCGAUAAGAAAUGGCUUCGAGUACAGAAGAAAAUAUUAGAGACUCCACCGGCGAUGGAAGUCAAAAUUCCAAUACUAAAGAUGAAGAGAAAAAGGAUGAUUCUAUGUUUGAGUGUAAUAUUUGUUUAGAUACAGCCAGAGAUGCUGUUGUUAGUAUGUGUGGACAUCUGUUUUGUUGGCCAUGCCUUCAUCAGUGGUUGGAAACCAGACCAAACAGACAGGUUUGCCCGGUAUGUAAAGCGGCCAUAAGCAAAGAAAAGGUGGUACCACUCUAUGGAAGAGGCAGUACCAAACAAGAAGAUCCCAGGGAGAAAGUUCCUCCGAGACCAGCUGGACAAAGGACCGAACCUGAGCCUGGAACCAGCUUUCCCGGUUUCGGUUUUGGAGACAAUAGUUUUCAUAUGUCUUUCGGCAUAGGAGCAUUUCCAUUUGGAUUUUUCACAUCUACUUUCAACUUCGGAGAUCCUCGACCAUCGGCAGCAGCUCACGGUUCACAACAACACAUGGAAGAGCAAUUCUUGUCAAAAAUAUUUCUUUGGCUUGCCAUUCUAUUUCUGACUUGGCUACUAAUGGCUUAAAAACAAAUGAUUGGGUCUGUUUCAAAAUUUUGAAUAAAUUAAGUCCUUAGCGGGGAUGUAAUGCAUUUUCUGGAUUAUUUUAUCAGUAAAUUUUUCGUAUUGUCUAAAUUAAAUUACAGUUAACUCAAUACAGUUAAACAGUCUCUGUAAAUGUCUGAAAUAGAUAUUACAUAUAGCUCACUAAUUAAAAAGUAAGUUUUAUUUUCUUGGAAAUAAAAAACAGUUGUCACGAAAGCCUUACAAUAAAAAAUUAAUGCAAUACAAUUUCUUAUAUAAAAUACCAAUAUAAAUGUAGUCUUUUUAUCUUAGAAUUUAAAGUUGUCACAUAAAUCAGUAGGAAAAUUUGCAGUAACGAACUUGUCUUACAGAAUAUUUUUUGUUGUUUUUUUGAGGUGGAGAUUUGUUCAUUGGUAUUUCAGUUUGUGAUAAGAAUUACUUUUGCCGUUUAAAUACACAUAUUUAUCCAAAUCUCUUAACUCUUUUAUGCAAUAUCGCCGGUCCGGAACAAGAAUGAUGUAACUGUAAAUUUUGUCAAUUCCUAUUUGUUGCGUAAUUCACUUCUAAAAUACUGUGUACGGAUGAUACAAAAGCGACGGAACUGUAACUGUGUGCUGAGCCACUACAGGUAGGGCAGUCAAUGAGAGAAACAACAGGUUAUUACCUCCGAAUUCUAUCCUACUGCAUAGAUUUUAAUGAAAUUUUAGGAAUAGCCUGAAAAUAUCUCCUUAUUCAAAGUCUACCCUAUGCCGAUGUGUGCUUUUGUCUUGGGGGCGGUUCCCACCCCUUCUCGGUGGUGGAAAAUUUUUUGGUUAAACAACUACGGAAGUUGCUAGAGAACCCAAUUCUAAGCAAAAACUGUUGUAUAAUUUUUUUUUCGAAAACUCGAUACUUUUUGAGUUAUUCCUGGUUGAAAGUUGGCCAUUUUCAUUGAAAUAUAACACCUUUUUGCAAUGCAUCUAACUAAAAAAAUUAUAUAAAACAUUUUUGUAGCUCAUAAAAAAACAAAGAGAUUCGUUCCUUCUUCAAUCUUCUAGUUAUAACACAAAAAGAGAUAUGGUAGGUAAAAAGAGUUUGUUUUUUUUUGGUACGUGCUCAAAGCAGUGUAUUCAACUUGAAAUAACAGAGAAACGGUCGAUUUUAUGUAUAUAAUGCUACCAAUACCUUUUAUUGUGCUUGAAAAGUCCUUUCAAAUAAGCAAUAUUAAAUGUCGAUUACAUUCAAACUAAGCGAGAUAUGCUGCAAAAAAUUGCUGACUAACGAAUUUUAAGAAAAAAAUUGAGAAGUAUAUUUAACCCCUCACCCACAAGAAUUUAAAUGCAUCGUUUUCCUUCUACAAUACAUUUUACUACAGUAUCAUUUUUAUGUUCAAAAAGUUAAGCGGGUUUAAAAUUAAUGGUUUUUGAAAAAAAAAUAAGAUCAAAUUAUAUAGCGCAUAUUUAAAUUUUCUAAAAAAUCUUAUUUUUCUCCAUGUAACUUGAAAAUGAUAAGAGAUACUGUUAUAAAAAAUAAAAUCAAAAUGUUUAUCUAGAAGAAACCUUCAUUUUUGUAUGGCAUCUUUUUUUUGCAUCUCUUAUCAUUUUCGAAUUACAUGGAGAAAAAGGAAGAUUUUUAAGAAAAUUUAAAAAUGCGCUCAAUAAUUUGAUCUUAUUUUUUUCAAAAACCAUUCAUUUUAAACCCUCCCAACUUUUUGAACAUAAAAAGAACACUAUGGUAAAAUGUAUUGUAGAAGGAAAACGAUGCAUUUAAAUUCUUGUGGAUGAGGGGUUAAAUAUACUUCUCAUUUUUUUCUUAAAAUACGUUAGUCAUCAAAUUUUUUACAGUUUAUCUCGCAUAGUUUGAAUGUAAUCGACAUUUAAUAUUGCUUAUUUUAAAGGUCUUUUCAAGCACAACAAAAGUUAUUGGUAGCAUUAUACACCCAAAAUCGACCGUUUCUCUGUUAUUUCAAGUUCAAUACACUGAUUUGAGCAUGCACCAAGAAAACAAGUUUUUUUCACUUACCAUAUCUCUUUUUGUGUUAUAACUAGAAGAUUCAUAAAGGAAAGAAUUUCUUUGUUAUUUUAUAAGCUACAAAAAUGUUUUAUAUAGUUUUUUGAGUUAGAUGCAUAGUUUUUAAGGUAUUCGCAAAAAACCGUUUGAAAAGGUGUUAUGUUUCAAUGAAAAUGGCCAAUUUUCAACCAGGAAUAACUCAAAAAGUAUUGUGUUUUCGAAAAAAAAAAUUAUAGAACAGUUUUUGCUUAGUAUUAGGUUCUCUAGCAACUUCCGUAGUUAUUUAAGCAAAAAAAUUUCCACCCCCGAGAAGUGGUGGGAACCGCCCCAAGACAAAAGCACACAUCGGCAUAGGGUAGACUUUGUUUCUUGGGCUAUUCCCUACUUACUGUCACGUAAAUCGAUAUAGUAGGAUAGAAUUCGGAGCCACAUACCCUAUUGACUGCCCUAAGGGUAGUUGCGUCGUUAUUGAAAUAUGCACCAUUUCAGACCUUGUUUCUUCAAAUUCGGACCAAUAGGGAUGAAAAUAAAAGCCAUCGCUGUAAGAAUAAACGGCAUACUAAAUAUUUAAAAAUCUUUUUUUUUGUACAGAAAAAGUUUAAGAUGUCGCCACUGUAGAUAUGGUUGAAAAUGGGGGGAUUAAAUUGCUGGGAGAUAAUGAAAUUCAGACCAAUAAGGAUGAAACUAAAAGCCAUCAUUGUAAGAAUAAACGCCAUACCGUUGCUCCUUGACGGUUACUCUUUAUUUAAUCACUAUUUUAAAUGUUUAAAAAAUUUUAGAUGAAUAAUGACGCAACUGUAGAUAGGGUUGAAAAUGUGGGAAUUAAAUUAAGAUAAGGAAAUUCGAACCAAUAGAGAUAAAAAUAAAAGCCAUCAUUGGAAGAAUAAACCCCAUACCGAUGCUCCUGGACGAUCACUCCUCAUUUAAUCCCUAUUUUAAAUAUUUAAAAAUCGUUUUUUUGCUCUCGUGAGAAAUUUGGCUUUUUGCAGUUACGUAAUUCUUGUUCCCGACCUGCGAUAUAGGUAUCGUAUAAUGAUUUAUGAGCUAAAGAGUUAAGGUAAAAUACUACAUAUACAUGAUGAUGAAGAAAUCAACUUUGAUAUCUCAUAAAAAACAAUCAUUACCAGCAUUUGGAAUUUUAUAAUUGUAUAUAAACAACUGUAUGUACCCCUAAGGUUUAUGUAUAUAAUAGUGCAUAGCACCAUAGAAAAAUUAAUUUGUACAUAUCUUUACUCUUAUUUUUGUGAUUUAAAUGGUUAGGUGUUGACGUAAGGAACGUGGAGGGGAUCAUUUUAGUUAAUAGACGUAGAAAAUAUAUUAAGCAUUUAAUAAUACCUAUAUAACUCAAUAUUUGUUUGCCAUGAACUUGUUUGGAUUGAGUGGCAAUGUAAUAAAAACAAGUUUAAUUUGGUUCAAAUCAUUAUUAAUAUUUUUUAUUGGCUAAGUAGCACUUGGUACAGUUGACCAUUUAAGGACGGCGCCUAUUUUCCCUUGCAAUGCCACACAGACGGCAGUUUUAUAGCUUGCCUUCUAAAUGGAUGGCACAUAUUAUUUUAGUCAGAAUAAAAUUAAUAAGAACAUGUUCACUAAAAAACUGUGCAUUGUGUAAAGACAAAGAUAUUUUUUAACUUGGAGAUGAAUUGAGUUUUUGUCACUGUAAUCACAUUAUUGAUUUGUAUGGCACUAUAAUAUUUUUAAAUAUUGUUUUGAUUUAAAAUCAAUGGGAAAAUCCCAAUUAUUUUGAUUGUUUUCGUCAAAAUUUAAUCUCCCUAUUUGGCAAAUAUUCACUCCCAAUAUUGGUAAAUUGCCAAUCUGUGUGCUUUUUUUCAUCACUGGGUGGGGAAUCUGCAUGUAGACGACGGAAGUAAACAUUUUCGACAGUGCUGGGUUGCUAAGCUAAAACCUCAUCAGAGUCAAGUCCAACCAGCUAAGUCGGACCUCUCUGCCCUCCUUAGCUCCGAUGUGGUCAGGACCAGCUAAAUCCCACCCCUCUCAUACUAGGGUAUUAGAGUGGAAUCAUCUGUUAAGAGCAUAACUUCUCCCGAUGUCUUUCUUUUGCCCGAUUCUCAGUUGCUCACCAUCACACAUCAGAUUCUGUCUCUCGUCCUCAUCCGACCACACCGUCCGCCUCUGCCUAACUGCCUCCCACCAUUUCCACCUCUUUCACUCUAUUAUUAGUCUGCCUUUAUCCCCAUGCUGUCAACGUUCCUACUUUCUACCUCUGCGGGCCCAGUUCUGCCUCUUCGAUACCUGACAUAACUGCAUCUAGCUCCCGCUCUUCCUUCUCUUUUAUCGACAGCACCUUUCUCACAUAGUUGUAGAUUUUCUUUCAUCAUCGCAUCGCUCAUCCAUCACCAUCUCUUCUAUCAUCUCACUCACCGAUUCAAACACGCUCUAGUUCAUUCCUUUCGCUUGUCCAUCUGACCCACUUCAAAAGAGUAUGUGACACAGUGUCCGAAUUCCCACAAUACAGACAAUUGUCCGAUUCGGCCUUUUUAAAUCUGUGCCAGUAGCUAAGCGCCUGUGUCCGCAGUCCAGCCAGCUCCGCAGACUGGUCUGUAUGGACUGGUAAACAUAGUGACAUGUAUUGGUCAGCUGUCCUGAAAGGGCUAAUAGAUGGUUUGUUCUAGUUUCACCAGCUUUAUGUGGUCAAUGAAGUACUAAGAGGAAAAUAAUUACACAUUCCAAAGAAAUAUAGUGUUUUUAUUUUAAGACUAAAUUAGAUGUGUAUUUAGAAACUGAAUUAUUUUUUAACUUACUCAAUAAAUUUAAAGGUACAAAAUAGGCGCAUAAAUUCUCAAUUUGAUACAUAAAGAAUAUUCUGUGUUAUAUAGAAUACUUUUUAAUGUAUCCCAUAAUCGACUUAUUUUUCUUCAUUACAUUUAUUACCAUGAUUUUUUAAUUCCUGUCACGGAUAGAAGCUCGUUAAAUGACUUCAAUAUGGGCACAGAGUUGUGUAAGGUUAAAAAACUUUUUGUCAGUUCUCCUAGACGUUUAUUUACUUAUUUGCAACGCUCAACAGGCCUUGGAGGUCUCGACGACAUAUAUACAGUUAUCUCUUUAUUAUUAUUUAAAAAAUUCCGAAGAAAAAGAUCUUUUGUUCAGAAAAGUAUAUAUUUUAUUACUGAUAACUUUGGUUGGAUUUUGGUUUAUUCCGAAGAAAUUUCUAACACACAUUUUUGGUAUCUAGGUCAUAUUUUAUGCCAGUUAAUAAAAAAAUCAUUUUUUCCUCUUGGACUUGUCAAAUCUUUAAUUUGUCUUUUACUAGUCACUAGAGCCAAGAAAAUAUAUAGUUAUUAAGUUUAUAUUGAAAUUUCACCGUCAAUUGUACAAAUAUCUACCAGAAAUAAUAAAUUUUGCAAAUACAUGUUGUUGUUAUA